UGGUCGUAAUUGUCCUAGAUUAAAUAUACAGGCGUGUACAGAUCACUGCCUGGGAAUCGAUACCAUUGAGAUCUAAUCACCAGAGAAGUACCAGGAUAAAACAUUGCCAGGCAACUACGGCCGUCCAGAUUUACUGAAGUGGCGCACACGGGAACGUAUUAAGCUCUUGUGUGUGCUUCGAUACGACCUGAACUUAAAACACAUAAAUGGAAGCAUCCAGAUACGAGUGUGUUGACGGAAGCAAAAACAUUGAUGAAUGAUCAAUAUCAUCUUUAAUAUGAAACUUCGUUCCAAAAUCACAACGUGACGUGGAGCUGAGAGGUUUUGAUCACUAACUAUUCCUGGAGUAUACGCUAUUAUCACAUUUGGUAUCAGCCCAGUCGAGUUUGCUGAUAACUCGUAGGCAGAUUGGUGUCGAGGAUAUGCAGUGUCCGGAUCUGUUUCCAUUUCCACGGUAAACGAUAGACGGAUGACAUGGACAACUUUACUACCACGACGGAAGCCCCAAUUGCCAUUCAUACAGACCAGAUAUGGGGACGCCACCAGUUCCUUCAUGAAAGUCCGGGUCUUGCCAUUCCGUGUAUCGUUGUGCUUGCUUUCGCGUCUUUUGUAGGGACUCUCGGAAACGUACUAGUGAUCGUGGCUGUAGCCACACAGAAGUCAUUGCAGAACAAGGAGUCUACAUUCAUUGUCAACCUCGCCAUAUCGGAUCUGUAUAUCACAACUGUAGCCGACCCUAUGGGUAUAGUAGCCAAGCUUGAAGGCGAACAGUUCUUCGACAGUAUUCCCGGACUGUGCCAGACCAUUGCCUCCAUCUGUACUGUAUCCUGUAUAGUUUCCCUGGGGUCUAUCGCGUGCCUAAGCUUCAACAGGUAUAUUCACAUAUGCCACAAUCGCCACUACAACCGGAUAUUCACCGGCCGGAACUGCGUCAUCAUAUGUGGCGCCCUUUAUGUCGUCGGUAUUACAAUGGUGCUUCUCAAUCUGACUGGAAUAGGUGACCACGGCUUCGACCGUAAGAGUUUAGAGUGUAUCUGGGAUAGAAUGGCUACGUUUCCAUAUACUGUGGUGUUCUCGGUAACUCUCGUCUGGGUACCGGUUCUUGUGACAGGAAUUUCAUACAUCAAUUUGUACAUUUAUGUGUUAAACAGUCAGAAACGAGUUCAACAAUAUUCAACGAUGACACCAACAUCUGAAAACAAGGAUCAUGAUAAAAACGAAAGUGAAAAGACAAAUCAUCCAGACAACCAUUCAAACCAACCCUUUAUACACAGGAUUUCUGUUCGGAAGUCACUUCAUCUCGCCCGGACUAUAUUUGUAGUGUACGCUGUGUUCUCAAUUUGUUGGAUCCCAUUCGCCAUUUUAAUGGUCGUUGACACGCACAAUACAUUCGCCCAUGCCGUCCAUUUGUAUAUUACAGUUUUUGCGCAUCUACAUCCCUCACUUAACUGGCUGGUCUAUUACGCCACGAACAAGAAGUUUGCAGUUGCCUUCGACAAACUUCUGUUUAUGAACAAAUGGGUUCCCCGACUACGACCGGCUGUACCAUCACUACAUAUCACAGCAUCCCACACGCGAGAAUGUCACAGUCAACAGUAAAACAAGUACAACUGCAUCUGUACAUUGUAAUAUGCUGUUGGAAACACUAUAGUUCUCAGAAACAGCGGAUUUAAUCAAUGAAGGCAGCCAUAAAUUAUAUUUUUAGGAGGAUAAAUACAUGACACUCCCCAUUCCAUUGAUAUUCUUUGUAAAUUCCCAUAAGUGACAUGUUACAUACUGUUUAUGUAUAUAGAAUUUAUGGGUUGUGAAACGUCAAUAUCACCUCUAAUAUUUCAAAUAAGCAUACCUAUUGUAUAUUAAAAAAAAAUCUUUGUGUAAAGUUUAUUUAUGGUUUUAGAUUAAACUUUGUUAAAUUGAUAAUUACAAAAUAAGCAUCUUUCAAUGUAUUAAUUUCUAUAUGAUCUGGAACUGGUUGCUGUUAAAUAAUAAUAAAUGUCUAUUAAUCAUACAAAGACCACAUUCUAUCUAUUACCUAUUUGAUUUGAGUUACUGAGUAUGGGUAAAAUAUAAGUACUGAAGUUGAUGUCUUAAAACUUGAACUGUGUUAUUUAUCCGCCAUUUCUCUUUUGUACAACCCUUAUUGGAAUGACAUUAUAAUGCUAUUUCUGAAUCUGUUUAUUGAUUUUGCUCACCAUUUUGUUGUUUAAACACUGUCUAAAAGAAAAUUGGUUCGUUUGAGAAAAAUGUGCUGAUAUAUCUAAUUUGAUUAUAGGGGCCAGAAGCACUAGCCUGUGUCUCGGGGUAGGUAUCGAUUUCAUGCGAACCAAUCUAUAUCCGAUUAUGUUUAUCUUGCUGAUUUAUUUCGAUAUAAAUAGUUUGUUUAUUGGAUAUGUUUUCCCCGGAGUAAAACAACAAUGUACAGGCUAUCGUGUUCAGGACAUCAUGGAGCACAUUGUGCGACGGUGUUACGUUUAAGUAAACAGAUUAGUGAAAUCUGAUUCCGGUGUUUUAUUGAAUUAAUCUGUACUCUUCGUGAUUCAUAUUGAAAACGGAUAUCAGGCAUCAUGAUAAACAUUUGAACUUGGAAGAGUUCGUAAUGGUCGGUAUCGACGGAGUAAGGUAAAAAUGAUGAAGAUGAAGAGUGCAGAAAAAUUACAUAAAAUAACAUCCAAGGGGGAAAAUUGGCGGCACGAAAUACAAAUUUCCCUGAAGAACGAAAAUGAUUUUUUUUUUAUGAAAGAUUCCUAUACUCCAAUCAAUCUCACAAGAGUUGACACGUGCUAAAAAUAUCAAAAUAAGGAAAACGCCGUAUCAUCAACUAUAACCGAAUACCAAUAUGCAAACAAAACUUGUGGACAGGGAGAACUAAUUGAAAUAUCUUGUGGUACAAAGGUAUAAGAGAUCACAAAAAAACUGACGAUUUCGAAUCUUGGUUAGAACUUUCUCUAAUGAGGCACACAUGAUUUGUUUUCUUCUGCAAACAUUUAAAACAGAUUGCAAGGUAGUUUGUAGAACCUUUCAUUUCUUGACCUGGGUGUUGGGGAGAAGUAGUAUUUUAUCUAAAAUGUUCUUGUAUCUUCAUUAUCGGAUAUGCAUGAUUGCAUGGUGACGUGACGGUUUCUGCUGCUGAAACCUCGUUUUUUAUAUUUAACCAGUCAUGUAUUGUAGAAUGAAAAUGGGUUCUUACAGCGGUUUAUCCUUACCUUUUUUCGCCAGCAUAAACCGUCGGUAUCGCAGCCGUACACUCCUGGCCGUAGCAACCAACGGUUUAAGCAACCCUACAUGAUGUUAUAUGUGCGUUCUCCUAUUAUAACAGCCAUUAUAAAAUGUGCUAUACAGGUCUGAUAAAAUGUGAAACUUAAAUAAUAAAAAUUACUUGUUACAUUUCAUAGGAUAAGUAGAUUUCGCCAGGUUCAAAAUAUGAGCACAAUGUGUUUACACCAAAUUUGUUAUAUGCUGUUAAUAUAUAUAUAUGAGACAGUAUAGUUGUGUUAAUACCGACAUAAGGAAAAUCCUCAAUAUACGGUCAAGAGAGAAGAUUUUUCACACUAAAAAUGGCGAACUCUAGAACAGAUGAACAUGUGUAACCGGUCAAAUUGGACAGAAAAAAUGAUAUUAUGUUUAGGUUAGUUUCGUGUCGUAUUGCGAUAUCAGGAGAG